AUGGAGCCCUUUCCUGACCAGUUCAUGGAAUUCCACCCCAUCCAUGGUACCAAUGUUAGACUGGACCACUCAGGAACCCAGGCCACACGGGUGGAGAGCUUUGCCAAUGGAGUGUGUUUCAGCAAACAGCCACUGAAGCCUGGGGAGAUAUUUCUUAUUGAGAUAGAGGAUAAGGAGCUGGGCUGGUGUGGCCACCUCCGGAUUGGCUUGACAGCCAGGGACCCUAGGACCUUAGAGGUGGUACCGGAAUACUCCAUCCCAGACCUGACAGAGUUAGGGGACAGUUGGGUCUUUGCCAUCACUCGCAACCACAACAAGAUCUUAGAUGAACCUGAGGUCCAAGAGGCAGGAGACAGAGGACUGGCUGGGGGACAGAGACUUGGUCGAGGGGAGGAUGGAGAUAUGGGAGGAGGAGACAACAUGAAGCCAAAGAUGUUCUUCACCGACUCUCACUUGUUCAUUGAAAAUUUUCGAAUCCCCAAAGAUAAACUGGUUGGUAGGAGCCGACCCGGACGGUAUAGCCACAUUUUGGACGACUUGUAUAAGACCAACAUCCUACCUCCCACAGCCAGACGUAGCAGGAUAGGUGUACUAUACGUGCCUAAAGGGACAGACCUGGGUGAUAUGCAUAUCAUCAUCAAUGGUGAGGACAUGGGAGCUUCUGCAAAAGGGAUCCCCACCAUCCAGCCUCUCUAUGCUGUGGUGGAUGUCUUUGCUGCUACUAAAUGCGUCCGAAUUGUCCAGGUGGAGUAUGGAUUCUCAUCUUUACAAACGCUGUGUAGAAAGGCCAUCCAGAAGCACGUUGUCCACAGGAUGGCCAUUGACUGGCUGGAGCUGCCAGCAGUGCUCAAGCACUACUGCCAGUAUGAAUAAAGGACGUAGACCUGACAGCAAUGUCACUUCUGAACUCAUGCAACUUCU